UUGUGGACGCAAUGGGGGUUGGAUGGACCAGACGGAGCUCUCUACAAUCGUACGAGCAGUGGCUGGUUUGAUUCAAUUACAUUCUUGUACUGGUUUACGAACAUAAUAAUUCCAUGGGCAAGUCAGCUAAAAGGAACGAAGCUUGUUAUUGGCGACAAAUUAUCAAGUCACUUGAAUCCCGACGUGCUAGACUUAUGUGAAGCACACGAAAUUCGAUUUGUGUUUUUACCAUCUAGAUCGACCCAAAUAGCAAAGCCAUUAGAUGUAGCUUUUUUCGGGCCCUUGAAGAAGUCGUGGAGAGAAAUUCUUUCAACGUACAAAAUUGAGAAUCCCAAUCAGACCACAUUAAACAAAAGCCAUUUCCCUCUUCUAUUAAAAAAAAUAAUGGAUUCUGCUAAUACGAACACUGAGAACGUAAAAAGUGGCAAGGAAACGGAAAUGUACCCGUUUAACCCAUAUCAAAUAUACAAUAAGUUACCCGAAUUCGAAGAGGAAAUCAAAUAUGACGCCGAUCAAUCGGUUCUUCAUUAUUUGAAAGAAACCAAACAACCUAAUCCUAUCAAAAGAGGAAAAAACAGCAAUUUAAAUGUGCCACCUGGAUAA